AUGGCGGGCCUCACCGGGGCCCAGAUCCCGGACGGAGAGUUCACGGCGGCGGUGUACCGCCUUAUCCGAGACGCCCGCUACGCCGAGGCGGUACAGCUUCUGGGCGGAGAGCUGCAGCGGAGCCCGAGGUGCCGGGCCGGCCUCUCCCUGCUCGGCUACUGCUACUACCGCCUGCAGGAGUUCGCGCUGGCGGCCGAGUGCUAUGAGCAACUGGGCCAGCUGCACCCGGAGCUGGAGCAGUACCGCCUCUACCAGGCGCAAGCCCUCUACAAGGCCUGCCUCUAUCCCGAGGCCACGCGAGUGGCCUUCCUGCUCCUCGACAAUCCCGCCUACCACGGCCGAGUUCUCCGCCUCCAGGCCGCCAUCAAGUACAGUGAAGGUGACCUGCCCGGGGCCCAGAGCUUGGUGGAGCAGCUGCUAAGUGGGGAAGGAGGCGAUGAGGCAGGAGGGGAAAGCGAGCCCGACGGUCAGGUUAACCUGGGCUGCCUGUUGUACAAGGAGGGCCAGUACGAUGCUGCCUGCGCCAAGUUCGGUGCUGCCCUGCAGGCAUCGGGCUAUCGCCCAGACCUUUCCUACAAUCUUGCCCUGGCCUAUUACAGCAGCCGACAUUAUGCCCCGGCCCUGAAGCACAUUGCUGACAUCAUAGAACGAGGUAUUCGCCAGCAUCCAGAGUUGGGUGUAGGAAUGACCACUGAGGGCAUCGAUGUGAGGAGUGUUGGCAACACCCUGGUGCUCCACCAAACCGCCCUAGUGGAGGCCUUCAACCUCAAGGCUGCCAUAGAGUACCAGCUGAGGAACCAUGAGGCUGCUCAGGAAGCCCUCACUGACAUGCCUCCCCGAGCUGAGGAGGAGUUGGACCCUGUCACUCUGCACAAUCAGGCCCUGAUGAACAUGGAUGCCAAACCCACUGAAGGAUUUGAAAAACUGCAGUUUUUGCUUCAGCAGAACCCUUUCCCCCCAGAGACUUUUGGUAACCUGUUGCUGCUCUAUUGCAAGUACGAAUAUUUUGACUUGGCUGCAGAUGUUCUGGCAGAAAAUGCUCACCUGACAUACAAGUUCCUCUCACCCUAUCUCUAUGACUUCUUGGAUGCCAUGAUUACCUGCCAAACAGCCCCUGAAGAAGCUUUUCUUAAGCUAGAUGAACUAGCAGGGAUGCUGACUGAGCAACUGAGGAAACUUACCAAGCAAGUACAAGAAGCAAGGCACAAUAGAGAUGAUGAGGCUGUUAAGAAGGCAGUGAAUGAGUAUGAUGAAACUUUAGAAAAAUACAUACCAGUGUUAAUGGCUCAGGCUAAAAUCUACUGGAACCUUGAGAAUUAUCCAAUGGUGGAAAAAAUCUUUCGCAAAUCUGUGGAGUUUUGUAAUGACCAUGAUGUGUGGAAACUGAAUGUUGCUCACGUUCUGUUCAUGCAGGAAAAUAAAUAUAAAGAAGCAAUUGGUUUUUAUGAGCCCAUAGUAAAAAAGCACUAUGAUAAUAUAUUGAAUGUGAGUGCCAUUGUAUUGGCUAAUUUAUGUGUCUCAUAUAUUAUGACAAGUCAGAAUGAAGAAGCAGAGGAGUUGAUGAGGAAAAUUGAAAAGGAGGAAGAGCAGUUGUCUUAUGAUGAUCCAGAUAAGAAAAUCUACCACCUCUGCAUAGUAAACUUGGUGAUAGGAACUCUGUAUUGUGCCAAAGGAAAUUAUGACUUUGGUAUUUCCAGAGUUAUCAAAAGCUUGGAACCCUAUAAUAAAAAACUUGGGACUGAUACCUGGUAUUAUGCCAAAAGAUGCUUCCUUUCUCUCCUGGAAAACAUGUCCAAACACAUGAUCAUGCUGCGUGAUAGUGUUAUUCAAGAGUGUGUACAGUUUCUAGAACAUUGUGAACUUUAUGGUAGAAACAUACCAGCAGUCAUCGAACAACCUCUAGAAGAAGAAAGAAUGCACAUUGGGAAGAAUACAGUUACGUAUGAAUCCCGACAACUGAGAGCAUUGAUCUAUGAGAUUAUAGGAUGGAAUAUGUAAUUACUACUUUGGAAUAUUACUUCUUCCUUCAUGCCUGGCACUCAAAUGAGUAUAGCCUUUUUAUCUUGUAUCUGACGUUUAUAUUUUGUAUACUUUUUAAAAUGUAAUAAAAAUAAUUGAGGGAAAAUAUUUUUGAAAAGUCAUACAAAGUAAAAACAAAAAAAGCAAAAUCAAGCAGCCUAAGAGCUUAUAGAAAAAGAUUAUGAAUUGAUAUAGCAAGUUACUUUUAAUGUCAGUCAUAAUACCCAUCCUUUUGUUAACAGUGGGGUUUUAUUCUUUUGACAUUCCAUUUCUGCAAAAGGCCAAGCAAGUCUAGAGCAGGAUAGGCAAGGUACACUUAGAGUUGCCUAGACUAUAAUACCCAGAGGGAGGGUACAAUGAAGCACACAUUUAAAUAUUUUUUAUAAAUAUGUUUUAUGCCAUAAUAUUCCAUGUUAGAUGGCAUAUAGGUACUAAUGUUGAGAUAAAUCAAGUUAUAUGUGUUAAGGGCACAAAGUUCCAAGUGGGCAAUAACAAUAUGUGGUACAAUUUUAUAGGCUUUGUAUAUGUGGUCUUUUCUGUAUUGAUUAUAGUAUGCCAGAAUUAGGUACUAGUCAAGUUCUUAUGAACCAUUUACAUAACAUAGUUGUUUUAAUUCUAUUAUUUUAUAACAUAUAUCUACUGCAUAAAUCUUAGAAGGCAUUGACAAGGUAUCACAAAACAAAAGUAGCAAUUUGCAAAGCCUUUAUCUUGAAGGUUUAGUCUUUAAACAUAAUACAAACUGUUUUAUCGCAAAAUUUGUGGGCUUAGGGUAAUGGUAAGAAAGGAAAAUUUUAAAUGCCAGUUGUGGGGGAAGGUAAUACAAUUCCUCAAUUUAUUUCUUCCUGUUAACAAGAAUUGCAAAAUGUAGUAAGAUAAAGUUUUGUUGCCAGUAAUUUUCAUAAAAGAUGUAUGUAGUUGUAUUUUGUUUGUGUGUAUGUAUUGUGUAUGUGUGUUUUAACAAUGGUAAAUGAAAAGCUUAGAAUUCAACAGCUCA